AUGAGCAUUCCCGAGAAGAUAUUGAAUGGGCCGAUUUUGAGUCAUAUUGAGAGUCUUAGAAGAUUUAUUCUUGCAUUUAAGAAUGAAAGACAGGAGCUGGAGAUUAGGCUUGGGAGGAUAAUUGGAAAAGAUGAUGGGACGAGAAUGAAGAUGGAUACGGUGUCGCCAAUUGUACUAAGGAGUCUUCCAGCAGAUUACAAGUUUGAGAGUGCAGUUGACUGCGAGGACUUCCGAAAGCUGAAGGAGCUUUUUAGUAAGCAACCCAGUGAGGCAAAAGAGGAUGUGAUUGUUAUUAACGAGGAUGGAAGAGAGACAUAUGAGGGAAGUGUUCUGAAGAAAGUGGAGAAGAAGGUCCGAACAGAGAAGUUGGAUAUAUAUCUUCCUGGGAAGAAAUAUGAUGUGAGGCUUGUUUUGAAUGAGGAGAAGGAGACUUUCAAGCAGGCGAGCAAGAAGAAGACGCUUGUGAAGAGGGUGAGGCGAAGAGAGACAUAUUUUAUAGAGCCCUAUGGAUUUGACUUUACAGAGGUUUUAGUUUCUGGGGACAAGGAUGAAAAAAGGAAACUUGAAGUGGAGGUGGAAGUGUUUGAUUCUGAGAAGCUUGUAUCUGGGAAUUUUAUAUCAUUGAUACACAACUUCAACAUUGAUCUGGUAUCCAAAUAA